UAGAGAACGACCACUCAAUAGGUGACUGGAAGCAACACCGUAUCGUUCAGAGGAAUAUAUUCAAUCAGCAAGUCGAGAACUUUCUGCAACCCAUUCCAAGAGAUGUACAACAAAGAAUGGCAAAGAUUGCUGAAGAGUUAUUGUUACAACCCCAAGACAAGAUAUUGGACGUAGGUUGUGGAACAGGAGCUAUGAUACCUUUUAUUCACCAGUACAUUCCGUUAUCUCAACUGUCAUUAUGUGACUGUAGUGACGCAAUGUUAAAAGAGGCAAAGAAAAGAUUUCCAGAGUGCCCAGCUAUUUGCUCAGAUUUUCUGGAGUUGAAAAGGGGUAACUUUGACAAGUUACUGUUCAAUGCAGUCUUUGUAUAUUAAAGGAAAACGGUAAAAUACUUGUGAGUCAUCCCAUGGGACGUUACUUUGUA